UCCGGGGCCCCGGGCAUGGAGGGCGGCGGGCAGCCCCCGGCGGCGCCCCGCGGCCGGGACGAGGGUCCGGGCGGGUCGGGCGCCGCCAAGGCUCCGGGGCAGGACGAGCCGCGCCCGGGGACCCCGCCGGGGGGCUGCGCGGGGGCCGCCAAGGAGCAGGGCAACUCGGUGAGCUUCAAGGUGGACGGCGGCCCGGGCGCCGACGAGCCUGCGGGUCCGGGGGGCGCGCGGGGGCCCCGGCGCCACGGCUUCGUGCGGCGCCAGUUCACCUCCAUGCUGCAGCCCGGGGUCAACAAAUUCUCGCUCCGCAUGUUCGGCAGCCAGAAGGCGGUGGAGAAGGAGCAGGAGAGGGUGAAGACCGCGGGCUUCUGGAUCAUACACCCGUACAGCGACUUCAGGUUCUAUUGGGAUUUAAUCAUGCUUAUAAUGAUGGUUGGAAACCUAGUCAUCAUACCAGUUGGAAUCACAUUCUUCACAGAACAAACAACAACACCAUGGAUUAUUUUCAAUGUUGCAUCAGAUACAGUUUUCCUUUUGGACCUGAUCAUGAACUUUAGGACUGGGACUGUCAAUGAAGACAGUUCGGAAAUCAUCCUGGACCCUAAAGUGAUCAAGAUGAACUAUUUGAAAAGCUGGUUUGUGGUGGACUUCAUUUCUUCCAUUCCAGUGGAUUAUAUCUUCCUCAUUGUAGAAAAAGGAAUGGACUCAGAAGUGUACAAGACCGCUAGGGCACUUCGCAUUGUGAGAUUUACAAAAAUUCUCAGUCUCUUGCGUUUGUUGCGACUUUCAAGAUUAAUUAGAUACAUUCAUCAGUGGGAAGAGAUAUUCCACAUGACCUACGAUCUCGCCAGUGCGGUGGUGAGGAUCUUUAACCUCAUCGGCAUGAUGCUGCUUCUGUGCCACUGGGAUGGCUGUCUCCAGUUCCUAGUGCCGCUCCUGCAGGACUUCCCGCCGGACUGCUGGGUGUCCCUGAAUGAGAUGGUUAACGAUUCCUGGGGGAAGCAGUAUUCAUACGCCCUCUUCAAAGCCAUGAGCCACAUGCUGUGUAUCGGCUACGGAGCCCAGGCCCCCGUCAGCAUGUCUGACCUGUGGAUCACCAUGCUGAGCAUGAUAGUGGGGGCCACGUGCUACGCCAUGUUUGUCGGCCAUGCCACGGCUUUGAUCCAGUCUCUGGACUCCUCGAGGCGACAAUAUCAAGAAAAGUAUAAGCAAGUGGAACAGUACAUGUCAUUCCACAAGCUACCAGCUGACAUGCGUCAGAAAAUUCAUGACUACUAUGAACACAGGUACCAAGGCAAGAUCUUCGAUGAAGAAAAUAUACUCAGCGAACUCAAUGAUCCUCUGAGAGAGGAGAUAGUCAACUUCAACUGUCGGAAACUGGUGGCCACAAUGCCUCUUUUUGCUAACGCGGAUCCGAACUUUGUAACUGCCAUGCUGAGCAAGUUGAGAUUUGAGGUGUUUCAACCCGGAGAUUACAUUAUACGAGAAGGAGCUGUGGGGAAAAAAAUGUAUUUCAUUCAACACGGUGUUGCUGGAGUCAUCACAAAAUCCAGCAAAGAAAUGAAGCUGACAGAUGGCUCUUACUUUGGAGAGAUUUGCCUGUUGACCAAGGGACGCCGCACUGCCAGUGUUCGAGCUGAUACCUACUGCCGCCUCUACUCCCUCUCCGUGGACAAUUUCAAUGAGGUCCUGGAGGAGUACCCAAUGAUGAGAAGAGCCUUUGAGACGGUCGCCAUUGACCGCCUAGAUCGGAUAGGAAAGAAAAACUCCAUUCUUCUGCAAAAGUUCCAGAAGGAUCUGAACACUGGUGUUUUCAACAAUCAGGAAAACGAAAUCCUGAAGCAGAUUGUGAAACACGACAGGGAGAUGGUGCAAGCAAUCGCUCCCAUCAACUACCCUCAGAUGACAGCCCUGAAUUCCACCUCCUCUGCAACCACUCCGACCUCUCGCAUGAGGACGCAGUCUCCGCCCGUGUACACCGCAACCAGCCUGCCUCACAGCAACCUGCAUUCUCCCAGCCCCAGCACACAGACCCCCCAGCCAUCAGCCAUCCUCUCCACCGGCUCCUACACCGCUGUGGUCUGUAGCCCCCCCGUACAGAGCCCGCUGGCCACUCGAACUUUCCACUAUGCCUCCCCCACCGCUUCUCAGUUGUCACUUUUGCAGCAGCAGCAACAGCAGCAACAACAGCAGCAGCAGCAACAGCAGCAGCAGCAGCUUCAACAGUCCCAGCCCCCUCAACCCCAGCAACCACCCCAGCAGCCACAGACACCCAGUAGCUCCACACCGAAGAACGAAGUGCACAGGAGCACGCAGGCUCUUCACAACACCAGCCUGACGCGAGAGGUCAGGCCUCUGUCGGCCUCCCAGCCAUCGCUGCCUCACGAGGUUUCCACCCUGAUUUCCAGACCUCAUCCCACUGUGGGCGAGUCCCUGGCCUCCAUCCCUCAACCUGUGCCAGCUGUCCACGGUGGUACGGGCCUUCAAACAGGGGGCAGGGGGACUGUCCCCCAGCGUGUCACCCUGUUUCGACAGAUGUCAUCUGGGGCCAUCCCCCCCAACCGAGGAGUCCCUCCAGCACCCCCUCCACCAGCAGCUGCUCUUCAGAGAGAGGCUUCCUCAGUCUUAAAUACAGACCCAGAUUCAGAAAAGCCACGAUUUGCUUCAAAUUUAUGAUUCCUGCUAAUUGUCAAAGCAGAAAGAAAUACUCUAAUAAAACCGAGAAUAUUCUCAGAGCUUAUUUUAUUCUAUCUCCUGAUAGAUCCCUGUAGCCUACUAUGAAAAGAUAUUUUAGACAGCUCUGGCAUACAUGCAAAAUGUAAAAUAUAUAUAUAUAUAUAUACAUACACACAUACUAUUAAAUAUAUAUAUAUAUAUAUAUAUAUAUAUAUAUAUAUAUAUAUUCCCAAAGGAAGUUCAAAAAACCUGUUUAGCAUUCAGUGUUCUAUGUCUUCCUUUCUUUAAAUCAUUAAAGGAUUUAAAAUGUUGUUGUAAGAUCAUUUAUUUUCAACCUACUUUCACUUAAUUCCUUUGGUAUAUGUCUUUCUCUAGUUUACAAGGAGUUCUUGGAUUCAAUGAAAACAAAACUGAUUUUAAAAAGGCAACUGAAUAGCACCAAUCAAAAACUACACUCGUCAGCUGUGUCUCUGCAUCUAAAUCAUUAGUCAUUGACAGUGAAGAAUUAAAUAGAAAACCCCAUUUGGUAGAUCUAAAUUCUAUGUUGGUGCUUUCCAUUUUGAAUUAGGUUAAAGAACACACUGCGUGCUUGGCCCUAGUAAGAGACUAGCAUUCCCACCACUAUGAUUCUCUCUAACCUCAACCAUGGUCAUUGGUCUUUCAGAAAGCUGAGGAGAUGCUUGUCUUGUGUUACUGGACUUUCACCAAGACUCAAUCCAUUUAGUUGUAAAUAACUUCUCAGACCAAAUAAAAAUAGCAAUUCUGUGCUGUAUGCAGGUAAAAGUCAUGAUUUAAGAAUUUAGUUUUAUUGCUUCACUUCAAAACUUAGAGUUUUAAUUAUACAAAGCCUAAUUGUGACAAUUACUCAACUGUAAUGCAAUGGCUUGAAAUCUAUAAUAUUACUUUAACCUGCAAUGUUUUGUGCAAAAUUGUAUGCUCGAUCCAACAGAUUGCUUGUAUUAUACCAAAAAAAAAUCUUUUUUUUUCUUCCUUCUUGCCAUAAUCAAGCAUCUGAAAAUAGGCCCUGCAUGCUUUGGGGGGAAAAAUAGAUUCAAAUCAGUCACUGUAGGGAAAGGCUUAAUAGUAUUUCUCAUUCCUAGAAAAAUUUAACCAUUCAUUAAUGGCCUAUAUUAAAAUUCCUAUAAGGCUGACUUGGAUCUGUGAGUUAAACCUUCAAGUGAGGUUUUCACUUUCAGUUAAUAUUAUUAUUACUAUUAUUAUAACUAUUAUUUAAAUAAUUCUUUGUAAAUCACAGCUUGAUCUGGAGUUGCCAGUGUGUUCUAUGUCUUCACUGUAGUUAAUAGGUUACUGUGGUGUUACUUUUAAAGAAGUAAAUACACUCUAGCAUCAUGUCUGUUCGGAAACACACAGUUGCUGUAUGUAUAUUGUAACUAAAUGGUUAGUAACUCUUAAGGCAUGUGGUAACUAACAUAGCCCUUAGAUUGGAGGUUUGUAAUUUCAAAUGUGCAGGGAAAAGUAUGGGGAUGGUGACAGAAAGCAGGGUCAAAGUGAAUGUCUGUGAGCACUGUUUGUCUGUUUCCUUAACUCUUACCAUGAUCUGUGAGAAUCCGCUUCUUCUCAGAGAAGUCCCUUAGAAAUCAUUUGUGCCUCAUGCAUCCCACAGAUGUGGCGAGUGACAGUGACUGGAACACAGUUGGAAGAGUCCCAAUAACUGUCUCCUGUAAAUAAUCUGAGUUAAGGGAAGUGAUUGAAAGCAGAGGUCUUCAUCUCCUUGACGUUGGUGACACUUUUAUGAAGAACUUACAGAGAUCAGAUGUUAAACGGGGCAGGGUCUCCAGAUAGACUUGAGGACAGGAAAGGAAAGCAAAAAUUUUAAAAUGGAUCCAUGCUGCCUGUUAUGCCUUUUAUGGAUAUAAUACCUACAAUACCAAAAUGACUUGUUAACAUUUGUUUCCUAACAGUUCCCAUCUCGUGUGGAAAUAGUGGACGAUGCCAGUCAUGUAAUAUUAGCAUGAACACACUGGUGACAGAUCAUAGCAUGUCAGCGACGUCAUAAGAAAGGAAACGCUCAGUUCACCUAGGACCGGUGGGGAGCUGCAAGGCCAUUUACAUAUCAGUACAAAACUCCUUUAUUUUAUUAAAAUAUUGAUAAUUAACUUCAA